CAGGCAUUGGCGAUAGAACCUGACAAGCCAGGUUAAUCAUUCUGAAGAUGUCGCAAACUGUUGGAAAGACCCGACUUGCCUACUCCCGAGCAUGGCACCUCGUGGACGUCGGCUCGGACGGCCGCAGUCUCGGUCGCCUUGCCUCUUCCAUUGCCCUCAUCCUCAUGGGCAAGAACAAGCCUAUCUAUGACCCAUCCACAGACUGCGGUGACUACGUUGUCGCUGUCGGCUGCCACGAUCUCCACACAACGGGCAAGAAGCGUUUUCAGAAAAAGUACUACACGCACACCACCCGCCCCGGUAGUCUGCGGAGCAUGACGAUGGACAAGAUGUUUGAGAAGUGGGGUGGAGGUGAGGUCUUGCGACGUGCUGUGAGAGGCAUGCUGCCGAAGAAUCGGCUGCGAGAUAAGCGAUUGGCGAGGCUGAAGACGUUCGAAGGCGUCGACCAUCCGUAUAAGGAUAACAUUGUCCGCAUUGGGGCUCCGUCGAACAUUGGGGCGUUACCGGAAGUCAAGGCGGCUUUCCAGGAGGCUAAGACCUCGCAGUAA